GACUUCCAGUUGCACUCUGGGAAGAUGGCGACGUUAUCUUAAGGUGUAAACUGUAGUGCCGUGGUUUAAUCGUUAAAGGUAAUAUACUUUAAACGGAAGACGAAUACAUUUUGGUUUAACGAAAAAGUUUGUGCUUUUAUCUUAUUGCCAUGUUAGCCGCUAGUGUGCCAGCGGAGAAUGCCAACCCUGAAGGGGCAGAGGGUGUGGUGGGUCUGGAGGAGCCCAAGAAGAUGACAAGGGAAGACUGGAGGAAGAAGAAGGAACUGGAAGAGCAACGAAAGCUGGGUAAUGCUCCUGCUGAAGUCGAUGAAGAGGGAAAAGAUAUCAACCCCCACAUUCCACAGUACAUCUCUUCUGUACCUUGGUACAUUGAUCCUUCUAAAAGACCAACCCUUAGACACCAGAGGCCACAAGAUGAAGAGGUGCAGCAGUACUCUUCCAUUGGAGAAUGGUAUAAAAGAGGAGUGCAAGAGGGUCAAGUUACUACUAAAUUUCGGAAAGGUGCUUGCGAGAACUGUGGGGCAGUGACGCACAAGAAAAAGGACUGCUUAGAGAGACCUAGAAGAGUGGGAGCCAAAUUUACAGGAACUGCCAUAGCAGCAGAUGAACAUUCACAGAUACAGUUAUCACUCGACUACGAUGGAAAGAGGGAUCGUUGGAAUGGGUUCGAUGCAGAGGAGCACAUGAGGAUUGUAGAAGAAUAUGCAAAGGUUGAUCUGGCCAAACGUACCCUGAAAGCUCAAAAAAUGCAGGAAGAGCUGGCUUCUGGGAAGCUGACGGAACAAGCUAAUUCAAGAAAACAGUGGGGAGAUGGGGAACAUAAUUCACAGGCAGAAAGAGAACACAAUAGUGAAGAUGAGGAUGAAGAUAAAUAUGCUGAUGACAUUGACAUGCCAGGACAGAACUUUGACUCAAAGAGAAGAAUUACUGUCAGGAACCUCCGCAUUAGGGAGGAUAUCGCAAAGUACCUUAGAAAUUUGGAUCCAAAUUCUGCGUACUAUGACCCUAAAACAAGAGCCAUGCGAGAGAACCCAUAUGCCAAUACUGGCAUGAAUCCAGACGAAGUUGGGUAUGCAGGAGAUAAUUUUGUACGUCACUCAGGAGCUACCAUAACCAUGGCCCAGACACAGCUGUUUGCUUGGGAGGCGUAUGAGAAAGGCUCGGAGGUACAUCUCCAGGCCGACCCCACAAAGCUGGAGCUUCUGCACCAGUCCUUCAAGGUGAAGAAGGAGGACUUCAAAAAGGAGCAGAAAGAAAGCAUCUUGGAAAGGUACGGUGGUGAAGAGCAUUUAGAUGUCCCUCCACAAGAGCUGCUGCUGGCUCAGACAGAGGAUUAUUUAGAGUAUUCCAGACAUGGAGCUGUGAUCAAAGGGCAAGAGAAAGCCGUGGCACGUUCCAAAUAUGAGGAAGAUGUCCUUGUGAACAACCACACAUGUAUCUGGGGCUCUUAUUGGAAGGAUGGCUGUUGGGGGUACAAGUGCUGCUACUCUUUCAUCAAGAUGUCGUAUUGCACAGGAGAUGCUGGUAGACACAACAAUAGGGAUGUUGUUUGUGUGCCUGAUGUGGAGGCGAUUCAGGAAGAGCAAUAUGAGGAACCCAAAACUUUAAUGGAGAUGCACCAAGAAAAACUAAAAGAGAAGAAAAAGAAGAAAAAGAAGAAGCAUCAUAGGAAGCAUGGCUCUGAAAGUGAUGAUGAUGAUGAGGCCAAGAAAAAAGAAAAACUGAAAAGGGCCUUGAAUGCAGAGGAAGCUCGUUUGAAACAAGUAGGAGAAAUCAUGCAGCUGGAUGAGCGUAACAGACCGUACACUAGCCUGUCGGAGGUACGGGAGCCGACAGAAGAAGAAAUGGAGGCCUUCAGAAUAAAGCGGCCCAGGCCUGAUGAUCCUAUGGCUUCAUUUCUUGGCCAAUAAAGAAACUUUUUUUUUUUUUCCCCUUCCCUUAAAAAAUGGUUACAAGAGUUAUACAGUGUGACCAGUUUUAAAAGCAUCACAUGUACAGAAAUAUUCUUUCCCAAU